UAAUGUGUCAUUUUCUUAGCAUAAUAUACUAGUAAGUGUGAACGUGUUUUCUUAUUACAAUAUUUCAAUAUUAUCAAUUUGAUUGAAUUCAUCUCUCCUUUACAACUUCCUCUCCCAUUGGUUUCUAUAAUUCUAUCCUCCAUCUUUUUUAUGUUUAUCCUAAAAAACCCAUCUAUUUUUUCCAUGAAGCUUGAAGCUUUUUGGUGGCUGAAGUCUUUUCAUGUCUAUUCUAUUCUUGUCUUCAUCAUAUUUUCUUUCUUUUCUCUAAUCUUCUAUUUACUGAGGCUAAAAGUUUGGUGCAAUUGUGAAAUUUGCCAUGCUUACAUCACAAGAAGUUGGUGUUCACAAUUCACAAAUUUGUGUGAUUGGUACACUCACCUUCUGAAAAAAUCACCUACAAGAACAAUUCAAAUCCAUGUUCUUGGUAAUAUCAUCACUUCAAAUACUCAAAAUGUUGAGUAUAUGCUAAAAUCAAGAUUUGAGAAUUACCCAAAAGGGAAAACUUUCUCUACUAUCUUGGGUGAUUUUCUUGGUAGAGGAAUAUUUAAUGUUGAUGGGGAAUUAUGGAGGUUUCAAAAGAGAAUGUCAAGUCUUGAACUUGGAAAAGUCUCCAUAAGAUCAUAUGCAUUUGAAGUGGUGAAAAAUGAGAUUGAAAAAAGGCUCCUUCCACUUUUAGCUGAUAAACAAGGUGGGGUUCUUGAUUUUCAAGAUGUUUUUAGAAGAUUUUCAUUUGAUAUUAUUUGUAGAUUCUCUUUUGGAUUGGACCCUAAAUGUUUAGAAUCUUCACUACCUAUCUCGCAAUUUGCUCUUUCUUUUGACCUAGCAUCAAAAUUAUCAGCUGAAAGGGCCAUGACAACAUCCCCUAUUGUUUGGAAAAUCCAGAGAUUUUUAAACAUAGGGAGUGAAAAAAAGUUGAGGGAAGCAAUAAAAGUGAUCAAUAUUCUAGCAAAAGAAGUCAUAAGGCAAAAGAGAAAAUUAGGUUUUUCAAAUCAUAGGGAUCUUCUUUCAAGAUUCAUGGGAUCAAUAAAUGAUGAAACUUAUUUGAGGGAUAUUGUCAUAAGCUUUCUCCUCGCCGGUAGGGACAGUAUAGCAUCUGCUUUAACGAGCUUCUUCUAUGUGAUCGCGAAUCAUCCAGAAGUGGCUAAAUCCAUCAGAGAAGAAGCUGAUCGCGUCCUUGGUCCGAGUAAAGAUGUCAUAAGCUGUGAACAAAUGAGUGAGCUUCAUUAUCUACAAGCAUCUGUCUAUGAGAGUAUGAGACUUUACCCUCCAAUCCAAUUUGAUUCAAAGUUUUGUUUGGAAGACGAUUUUUUACCUGAUGGGACUUUUGUGAAAAAAGGAACAAGGGUUACUUAUCAUCCUUAUGCUAUGGGGAGAAUGGAAGAAUUGUGGGGUUGUGAUUCUUUGGAGUUUAAGCCUGAAAGAUGGUUGAAGGAUGGUGUUUUCUUUCAAGAAAAUCCAUUCAAGUAUCCAGUUUUUCAAGCCGGAAUUAGGGUCUGUUUGGGGAAAGAAAUGGCACUUGUUGAGCUUAAAAGUGUGGCUCUCUCUUUGCUAAGGAGAUUUCACGUCGAAUUAGCUCAACCAUACCAUCACACUCCUCGGUUCUCUCCUGGCCUUACUGCCUCUUUCAGUGGUGGCUUAUUGGUUUCAGUGCGAGAAAUAAGUCCAUAGUUUCAUAUGUGGAUUCAGAAUGAAUGUGACCGAUUAUAUAAAGCUUCUAUGUAUAUAUAUCAUUCGGGUCAAAAGUAGUAAAUUCGGUUGAACCUGGUGAACUCGUUGUAGCUGAAGUAGUAGCUUACUGUAUGUGCUAUAGCAUAUUCUCAAGCAACCCUACUCUUGGAAGGCCAUUAUUAUUAGUAGUUUUUUUGUGGUAAAUUCAACCAUUUCACGGAGGAUGAAACUUAUUUGAGUUUUCAAGAAAGAAGUUUUUCCCUCUUUUAG